AUGGCUGGCGUCAAUCCCAAACAUUUUAAUCUUCAAGACGACCCUUUCGAGCUCUUCCUCCUCGGAGAAGGCGAGAAGAAGAUUGAGGAGAAGGUGUUUUCUGGAAUGUCCAAUACCUCGGACUUUGUUCUCAUGAAAGAAGAUCACACUCUUGGAAACCUCCUUUCCGAGCACCUUAAGAUGCACCCUAACGUCCACAUGGCUGGAUACAAGAUUGCCCACCCCAACGUUCCGGAGCUUUUUAUCCGAGUUCAGACGGACGGGACUAUCACUCCUCGAGACGUUUUUACUUCGGUCUGUGAGAAGCUCAUCAACCAACUCGAGAUGCUGCACCAGGAGUUCACACGAGAGUGGGAGUUGAGACGAAUCACGACAGCCGGAGAACAGGGCAACAUGCAGAACGGUCACUAG